CACGUGUGUGCGGCGCUUCGUCACAUGAUGAGCUGCUGAUUCUCUGUUCCGCUCUCGGAAUCGAGGCUCUUUUCUACAGUUCCCAACGCUGCUGGCAGAAAACAUAUCAACCGAUUUUUAUGGGAUUUCAGUAGGUAGAUUUAGUUAGAUGAAAGGAUUACACGUGGAAGUUUUAUAUUAAAAUAUUACUGACCAUUAUACGUGCUUUGGAAGUGUGAAAGCAUCAUGAACGGGCACGCCAUUCUCUACAGCGGGGUCACUUUGGCCUUCUGGAGUACCAUCCUCAUCGUCGGCAUUUGUUACACAAUAUUUGACCUUGGAUUCCGGUUUGAUGUAGCAUGGUUUCUGACGGAGACGUCUCCAUUCAUGUGGGCUAACCUUGGAAUAGGCCUCGCCAUAUCCCUCUCCGUGGUUGGAGCUGCAUGGGGCAUUUACAUCACGGGUUCCAGCAUCAUUGGGGGUGGUGUCAAAGCUCCAAGGAUCAAAACAAAGAAUCUGGUCAGCAUUAUUUUCUGUGAAGCCGUCGCUAUCUAUGGGAUCAUAAUGGCUAUCGUCAUAAGUAACAUGGCUGAGAGCUUCAGUGGAACCACUCCAGAAAGCAUUGGGCCAAAAAACUAUCAAGCAGGCUACUCCAUGUUCGGCGCGGGUCUGACCGUGGGUUUCUCCAACCUCUUCUGCGGUAUCUGUGUGGGCAUUGUGGGCAGCGGGGCAGCCCUGGCCGAUGCCCAGAACGCCAGCCUCUUUGUCAAGAUCCUCAUCGUGGAAAUCUUUGGCAGUGCCAUUGGUCUCUUCGGGGUCAUUGUCGCCAUCCUGCAGACCUCAAAAGUAAAAAUGGGAGAUUAGAAGAUGAGAAAAUUCCAGACGACCAACAGAAGAUGAAACGUGUUGUUCAGGAGAACAUAAUGAAUUGUGUAUAUAUUUAGUAAUUUAUUUAAAUGUUUUUUUUUCUCGCGCCUGUUUUAACCCUUCAUUUGCUGGAGAGUGACUGGCUUGUCAAGCUUCUGCGCAUCCGCGCCACGUUAUCUUAAAGAAGUAAAGCCCCCUAGGUUACAGGCACUAGUCUGUACACCUUUAAGAAAAUCAUCUCUAAUUGGUCAUCAGAUCAAGGCUAGUUCAUUUUGAUUGGUCUUGUGAAUCAUCUCCUUAUUGUAUCAAGUUCAUAAGGCAGUCAGAAUAAGUACUUAGGGUAACGGGGUGUUUGAUAAGUAAACCCUUGAAUUCACCUUGAGUCCUGGGCAUAGGAGAUCGCCAAUUCAUUUUAGUCAAUUGUGUUAUUAUUAAUUUGAUGAUAGGCUGGCGAAAAUCCAGAUUUGAAAAAUUAAAUUGCAGUAGCUCUCGCUGUAAAGCUGCUUCUUUGUGGUGUAUGAAACCGCAAUGGUGUGUUUUGUGACAGUUUCUCUUUUAAGUGGAUGUAAAUGUUCACAGUAUUUGACCAUCCCUUAGUAUUGUAGCUAAUUGCUGUGCAGAACCAGAGGCCAGUAGCUUCAGCUGUGGCUUUCCGGACUGGCUGUGACCACUGUCAUGUCUGGUUCUGUCGCCAUGGGGGUCCUGCGGCCCCCCUACUGACCUUCAUUCUCUUCUCUCAGCGAUUUGAAUUAGACCGACAUUACUCGGUGUGAAAGAGAGACGUUUUAAGUAUUUAGCAUAACCGCUUAUUACUGCUGAUUUGCAUAGCACAGCAAAUUAAAGUCUCAAUUUUUUCAAAUGUAGAUUAAUUACAAACAAUCUAGGUUGCUGUGAAAUAUUAAUGCUGGCACCUCUGCUUUAGCGGAAUGUUAAAUUGUUUCUCGCCCACUGGCAUAGACGUCAGGAAUGAUGAACACUCUUCAGCUGUGAAUGGUUAAAAAGGAGAGAGUAUAGAUAGUGUGUAUAUAUAUAUAUCUGUAUACUGGUAUAUAUAAAGAGAUUUUUUUCUGUCCUUAUAAUUGUGAAGCAUGAGGGUGUUUACUAUUCCUUGUUCCCUGGUCGUGCUCGUCAUCGAUUUUUAUUUUAUUUGUUUUUUUUUUUGCUUUUGAAAAAUGCAGGGGAUAUUGAGGUCUCCUCUUACUCCUCCCUUCACCUUUGCUGAGUGCUGUGGGUGAAAGGGAUCGUAUACUCUGUCGCACACCUCUCAGCCCUGGAAAAAUAACAGCUGGCCCUGGGUUUACACUGCAUCACACUGGUAAAUCAGGUUUCAUGACUUCCGCUUUAUACCUUUUUACAUGUAGUUGGUACGGAAACAGACUGACCGCUAUUAAUGUCGGCCCUGACUCAUCAAUUCUGCCGACUUGAAUGCUCAGAUAUUUGCUCAUUGGUUGAGUGCAUGCAACAAAAGCAGGGUUUUUUCUGUAAAACACUGAUCUGAUCUAUCCAUCGUUUGGACAUCGUUUAAUCUGCUUCACCAGCUGCACAAUCUGAAAUACCAGCUCAUGGGUACAUACAUGGGCUUGCUUUUUAUUUGGGGGUGAAAAAACUGCUCUGACCUUUUAUCUGUUUUGUUCAUCUGUGGAUUGAAUUGUAUUCAUUUGAUUAAUGGCCAUAGAAAAUAAUGCAAAUUAAACUCGAAUGCUUUCAGGUGGCUUAAUUUAUUCUAAAAACAAGAUAAGCCAGGUUACCCUUUCCGUAAUUAUAUGCAUUUCAUACAAUUCUAGAAAUGGUUUUUAGUAGUUUUACCUGAUUUGAGUGUUCUUGGUGCAAACGAGCCUCGGCCCAUAUAGCUCAUUAGAAUCCCAAAAUAUUUGCUGCAGUCUUUAUUUUGAGGGUGGCCCAGAUGUAGUGAUAAGUGUGCAGUUCAUCUUGUUAGUAUUUGCUGCAACGUCCCAAAUAGCAGAAUUCAUUGUCGGUAACAUCCAGUAGACCGUAAUCUCACAACCAUGUCCAAUCUUCCCCAAGUAACGUAUGUGCGAAUGCCACUCUGUUUGUCACUAUUACACUGUAUUGUGAUAUAUUUUUGUGCUUUCUUCUUGUAUUGGUACAUUCCUAAAUUGUCAUCUGCGUAGAGGUUCAUUGAUGAUCAUGGACAGAAGACCUGUAGACAGUGCUCCUGUUUCAGUGACUGUGUUUAAAAUGUUGGUGUGGUGAAGCUCUUCUUUCAGGCGUGUGUACAAGUUGCUUCUCUUAUAUUGACUUCUUAAUUUGUCCGGAUCCUGUUGAGAAAUAAAAUCUCUGAACUCUG